AUGGCUGGCGAUGUUGAUAGGCGAGUGUUAUCGUACGGUGAUACGGUACUCUACGAGAGUGACCUACAAACACUGAAGGAGGGAACGUGGCUGAAUGAUCGUAUCAUAUCGUUUGCACUCGAAUAUCUCUACGAUACAAUGCUCAAUGAAACACAAAAACAAAAG